GUCUACCGUGUACAAGAGAGAAGAGAGAUACAGAAAACUCAAUCAGCCCUACCACAGACAGCCUCUCCCCUCCCAUCCACCGACAACAACACCGGGCCCCUUCCCCUCCUCUGUCGCACAAUUCUACCAAGGGAGCGCAUUGAAUCCAAAGAAGCGACCAGGUUUACUCAUCCUCCUUGUCCUCGCAGCAACACGUCGUCCAAGUCACGUCUCAGCUACUCAUCACCGAGAAGCCAGGCCCUUGCACCAAAUACCUUUCUAAGCAACACAUUCCAAUCAAAAGAUGAGUAUCCCUCCGACCCUUGAGAAGGCGUCAUCCAGUGCGACAAACGGGUCUGUUCACUCGGAAGCAUUCAACCACACAGCGACUGCGCCUGAUGAGUUGCUCGACCACACAAUCUUUGAUCAGCUGCUAGAGAUGGAUGACGACGACGAGCGAGAGUUUUCAAAAUCGAUUGUAUGGAAUUUCUUUGAGCAGGCAGAAGUGACGUUUGGACAAAUGGAGCAAGCUAUUGUAGAGCGAGAUUUCAACAAGGCGUCUUCAUUGGGCCAUUUCCUCAAGGGCUCAUCGGCUGCCCUUGGUAUGACAAAAGUCAAGACAUCGUGCGAGCGCAUUCAGCAUUUCGGUGCGCUCAAGGCAGCAGAUGGCGUGGCUCCAAUUGGCGAGGAGGAGGCCCUUGAGCGUUUAACUGGCCAGGUGCAGCAAGUCAAGGUUGAGUACACCGAGGCUGAAGAAUACCUCAAGAAGUUUUAUGGCGAAGCUUAAGCUAGUUUGCAGUAUUCAAUCACGGGGGCCCAAUUCGACUUAUUGCACAUACAGUCCAGCCCCUCUUUGGAGAACGCGUCCACUCCAACCUAUUCCCUCCCUUUCAUCUCCGAGCUUGCAUUGUUGCUAUCCUCUUUUAUUCACUCUCAAGUAAUCAAAUCACACAAUGACGCUUUUGUCUUGUUUCAAAUCUAUGCACUCUGCUUCUUUUGUCUCUCUCGUUUUGAUGCUAAACAGGAUAAGUGCUAUCAGUAGUCUUUGCUCAUUGAAUUUGAUCUUGUCGUCC